CCAGGUGAGGGUGAUGGAGAAUACCGUGGCCAACACCGAGAAGUACUUUGGGCAGUUCUGCUCGCUGCUGGCCGCCUACACGCGCAAGACGGCCCGGCUGCGGGACAAGGCGGACCAGCUGGUCAAGCAGCUCAUCGACUUUGCCAACUCCGAGAACCCCGAGCUGCGGGCCACCAUGAGGGGCUUCGCUGAGGACCUGGCCAAAGUGCAGGAUUACCGGCAGGCCCAGGUUGAGAGGCUGGAGACCAAGGUGGUCAACCCCCUGAAGCUCUACGGGGCACAGAUCAAGCAGACACGGGCUGAGAUCAAGAAAUUCAAACAUGUCCAAAAUCAUGAGAUCAAACAACUGGAAAAACUGGAGAAACUGAGGCAGAAGUCACCCUCGGAUCAGCAAAUGAUCUCCCAGGCAGAGACCAGAGUGCAGAGGGCCGCUGUGGACUCCAGCCGCACCACUCUCCAACUGGAGGAGACUGUGGAUGCCUUCCAGAGGCAGAAGCUCAAGGACCUGCAGAAAUUUUUUUCUGACUUUGUAACUAUUGAGAUGGUUUUCCAUGCCAAAGCGGUGGAGGUGUAUUCCAGCGCCUUCCAGACCCUGGAGAAGUAUGACCUGGAGAGGGAUCUACUGGAUUUUAGAGCCAAGAUGCAAGGAGUUUAUGGGCAUUAUGACACUCGGCUGCUUGCCAACACCAACCCCUCUCCAUCUGUUCUUCAGUCUCUCGCCAGCCAGGGAACUCUGCAGGUCCAGCUGAGUAGGGCAAAUGAAGACCCUGAACAUCCUCAUGCCAAUCAUGGCAGGUUUAGUCUCUGUGAGUGGGUAGUUAAGGGGCAGCCAGCCCACUGUGUGUGUGGGCAGUGUGGGCAUCUCAUGCUUCCAGGACUUUCUCUCUAACAACGUAGGGUAAGUGCAAUCCCAAGCCGUUUAAAAUAAUCCCAGACUGCCUGGAGGCUUUGUUCUUAUUUUCUGAUUCUUUUUUCUUUGUCUUUGUUGGAUUGUGUUAAUUCAAAGACCUUGUCUUCAAGCUCUGAAUUUCCUUCUUCUACUUGUUCAGUUCUAUUGCUGAGACUUUCCAGAGCAUUUUGCAUUUCUGUAAGUGUAUCCAAUGUUUCCUGAAGUUUUGAUUGUUUUUCUUUAUGCUAUCUAUUUCUUGGUCCGAGCCCACUGCUCCUGGCGGUGUGACCUUGGGAAAGUCUCCUAGCCUCUCUGUGCCUUAGAGUCCUCGCCUGCAGAGUGGCUUAGAACAGUAACCUCCGUGUAGGGCUGUGCUGAGUAUCAGAUGAACAGAUCUAUACGAAGCACAGAAAACCCGGCCUGUUGCGCAACAAACACUCGAGACUUGUUGCUGCCAUUAUCA